GACGAUGGACUACGUUUCCCGUGAGCCCUCGAGACUCCUCUCGCUCUUUUCUUGCAUGCCCUGGAAAUUCAACUCCAUAACACACGCAGAUGCCGGCACCGCAUAUUUCCAUACAUUUCCUAAUGGCUUGUAAAUAUUUUUCAAAUACUUUGCCUUCAGCGAAUUGGCCGUCAGGCAUAACAGCACAGAAGUCUAUCGAAGACAUCGCCGCGCGCUGGCCGCUGGGAACGGUAGUUUUUCCUACCGUAAUUCUUAAGAUGUGAUUGGUUAGCUGGUUCGCGGGUUUCACGUGAUGCCUCAGAUUGGCCUGAGAUGAAGCACUGCAAGGUAGCUGGAGGCUGAGCAUGAACAGCUGCUAGCAAACUGAUUUUGGGAACAAGAGAGCUCACCGGAGGGAUCCAAGAUGCCACACAUCGAUAACGACGUUAAGUUGGACUUCAAGGACGUGCUUCUGCGGCCCAAGCGAAGCACGCUCAAGUCCCGCAGCGAGGUGGAUCUCUUGCGGUCCUUCGUAUUCCGUAACUCCAAGCAGACGUACACUGGCAUUCCCAUCAUUGCUGCCAACAUGGACACCGUGGGGACGUUUGAGAUGGCCAAGGCUCUUUGCCAGUUCUCGCUCUUCACGGCUGUCCAUAAGCACUACAGCCUGGACCAGUGGAAAGAGUUUGCGGCUCAGAACCCCGACUGCCUCCAGAACGUGGCGGCCAGUUCGGGCAUGGGGCCCUCGGACUUCGAGCUGCUGGAGCAGAUCCUGGAGACGGUGCCGCAGGUGCGCUACAUUUGCCUGGACGUGGCCAACGGCUACUCGGAGCACUUCGUCCAGUUUGUGAAGGACGUGCGCAAACGCUUCCCCGAUCACACGAUCAUGGCCGGGAAUGUCGUGACAGGGGAGAUGGUGGAAGAACUCAUCCUGUCGGGAGCUGACAUCAUCAAAGUGGGGAUCGGACCAGGCUCGGUGUGCACCACGCGGAAGAAGACCGGGGUGGGCUACCCUCAGCUCAGCGCCGUCAUGGAAUGUGCCGACGCGGCUCACGGCCUCAAUGGGCACAUCAUUUCGGAUGGAGGGUGUAGCUGUCCAGGGGACGUGGCAAAAGCUUUUGGUGCUGGUGCAGACUUUGUCAUGCUGGGGGGAAUGCUGGCUGGCCACACCGAGUCUGGCGGAGAUCUCAUCGAGAAAGGGGGCAAGAAAUACCGGCUUUUCUACGGCAUGAGCUCCGAGGUGUCCAUGCGGAAGUACGCGGGGGGUGUUGCCGAGUACAGGGCUUCAGAGGGGAAAGUGGUCGAAGUGCCGUUCAAGGGGGACGUGGAACACACCUUGAGGGACAUCCUGGGCGGGAUCCGCUCCACCUGCACCUACGUGGGGGCCGCCAAGCUGAAGGAGCUGAGCUGCAGGACCACCUUCAUCCGGGUCACCCAGCAGGCCAACCCCAUCUUCGGGGAAGCGAGCCAGCCCUGACCCUCCUCUCCCCAAAGGGUCGCCCCUGCUUCUCACACGAUGUCGAGCACUGGGGUUUGCAGUGGGCCAGCGGGUCCUGUGGGGCGGCCGAGCCUUCCAGGGUCUCCCCGGCCUGCACCGGCCAUUCCUCGACACAGACCUGGUCACUGCCACCCUCGUCCACGUUCCUUUCGCCUCGGAACAUUCCCUGCUCAUUCCGGCAGGCUGAUUCCACACAUUCCCGUUGGGCAGGGUGGGAAAGGGGGGGGGUGCUGCACCAACGUUACUUUCCUGUAUUUGUACAGUGCUUUUUAAAGGACGUGCCUCUCAGAGGGGAGUCGGUGUGGCCCUGCUCCACCUUGUUUUGUGAGACCAGCUCCAAGGGAAGCCAGGAGGGUGGGGAGCGGACGCAGUGCCCGAGCUUGGAGGCCAAGUGGAAAAGACGACAGAGGACUCUGUGGGAAAGUUUUAUGGCAUUUACUAAAUAAAGCUCUGGCGUGACUCA